AUGGCACCCACCCCGGAUUACAGCCUCGAGCAUAGGAAGCAUUUUAUCGUGAAUUUGUUACAGCAAGAGUUGGGACGUCAGGUGUUAGCGAUUCGUAAUCUUGGUCGGGACUCAAACAACUUUGUCCACCUCGCUGAGCUCGCAGAAUCCGUCUCUCAGCCAGUAUUAUCUGUGCCCGUGCUUCAGCAGCCUGGAACUUCGAGCCUACCAACAGGCACUACCAAAGUCGUCAUUCGGAUAUCCCAUCCCGAUGCAAUGCUCAAUGAAGAUAUUCGUGUACAGAAUGAGGUCGCUGUAAUGUGCUUGAUGAGACUGGCUCUUUCUACCUACCAAGAUGCACUGAUUCCCAACGUUUAUGCUUGGUCUCCGUCAUCGGCGGAGGGGUACGGAUGGAUCCUUCAGGAGUAUAUGGGAGGUACCCAAAUCGACAAGGAAUUCGAAAGCCUAGACCGUACUCCAAAGGAAGAUAUUCUUCGUCAGAUCGCUGACGUGUUCAAGCUGAUCCAGAGCUACUCUCUCCCCGAAUCAGUCAAAGGCUACGGGGGGGUUGGCUUCGGUGAAUCCGGCCUAAUUAUCACUGGGCCGACCGCGAUCCCAUGCGGUGGGCCGUUUCCAGAAUUCCAGGAUAUGUACUUGCAGAUGAUGCGUCGGCAGCUGGCCGAAUCUGACACUUCGGAGCGGCUUGCUGGCUGGCGCUCGACUAACCUCAGGGAACGUUUAGAGUCCUUUGCGGCAAAUGGAAUGAAAAAUGAGGUGGUGAAAAACUCAGUGGCUCGCCCGACUUUGGUUCACGGCGACUUUAAUUUAUUCAAUAUGUUGUUUGAUCCCACGUCUAACCGGUUAACUGCCCUUCUUGAUUUCGAUUUAUCUUUUAUCGGCUCCCCAGUAGAUGAGUAUUUCUGUUCAUUCCGAUCUGUUGGUUCUUUGCUUGUAGGGCCAUUUGAGAAGGGCGAGUUUGGAGACCUUCGCCAGUGCCUUCUUCGUGGUUUCGAUAGCAAGGCACUUCCGGAAAACGGCCAAAAGCUGAACUUUGAAAUUGCCUAUAUGAUGGACAAGGAGUUUGUUCGUGCUGGGGUUUUAAGACCGACGGACAUUCCGGGUGCAGGGGAGCUUGCCGCCUUAAGAUGGUUCCUUGAAGACGUCGCCCCUCCAUACUUUUUCAUGUCUCGUUGGAUAGCACACAUGGAACCUGAGAAGGUUGACGAGAUACAGGCAAGCAUCCAAACCAAUAUUUUGAAGUAUCUAGAAAGCUGGGGAUAUUAA